AUGUCCUUCGCGCGUCCAGCAGCCACUGCUGUCAUUACAUCGAAUGUUUGCCGACAGUGCCAACGAACAACCCAACGGAGCUUCACACAAGCAGCACGAGCACAGAAGCUCACACAACGAUCGAUUGCACCUUCCCUCAUGUCAGUCAGAUGGCACUCUGCCCCCGUGUCAAACUCCAAAGUGUACGACUUCAGCAAGAUCAAGCAGAUCAGUGACAACCCCUCAGACGAUAUCGUCCUCAUAGACGUCCGCGAACCAUCCGAAUACAGCGCCGGCUACAUCCCCACCGCAAUCAAUGUCCCCAUCAAAUCGCAAGCAGACGCAAUGUUCCUGCCCGCAGACGAAUUCGAGGACAGGUUUGGCUUCGAGAAGCCCAGUGCGGAUAAAGAGGUUGUGUUUUACUGUAAGAGUGGAGUGAGGAGUAGUGCUGCUGCACAGCUGGCACAACAGAUUGGAUACCAGAAGGUGGCUGAAUAUAGAGGCAGCUGGUGGGAUUGGGAGAAGAACGGUGGUGAGGCGAAGAAGCCUUGA